AUGCCGCCGUCAAAGUCAAGGUCAAAGCGUCACCGCCUCUCUGCAGAAGAUACCAAGCCUGAAGUGGUUGAAUCUUCUCCCAUAGUGGUACAGCCAUCUGAGGAACCUGCUUCAGAGCAAUUCAUUGUUGCGCCAAAGCUUGAUGAGAUUCCCCAGUUGCUGUUUGUGGAACUCCAGAAGGGCAAACCAGAAGAUGUUGUUGAGGCUUUGAAUCGCAUCCAUGAUUUGUACUAUUUAGGAGACAAGGAUGAUAUCAAUGAUCCAGGUAUGAAGAAUUGGGAGAACACAAGGAGGCUUGGUCCUAUUGGUAUAGUGGUCAUGAUCAUGCGCAGGUGGUCCCCAAACCAUGAUAUCCAGAACAUGUCCUGCAGUGCUCUCUGUAACCUUUUAUAUGAUAGGAGCACUGCAAAGAUGGCUUUGGUGCAAUGUGGAGGUGUUGAAGCUGUUACCAGUGCCAUGAAAAACUUCCCCCAGUCAGAGGACUUGCAAACGAAUGCCUGCAAUACCCUGAGGAACACGUUUAUCAACUUGACCACAAAUCCCAAAGUUGUAAAAGAUUGUGCAUGCUGCUUUGUGGAAGAGCUUGAAGGUGUGGAUCUCUUGGUCAAAACCAUGAAAGAGUUUCCUGACAACACAUCCAUUCUCGAGGAUUGUUGCAUGGUAUUCAACAAUCUGGCAGCUUGCUUCAAACAGCAUCAGGAUAUUUUUAUUGAUGCUGGAGUUGUGGAAGCUGUAGCUGCAGUCCAAAAGAAGCAUUCCAACAAUAAAGAUCUGAAGGAAGGGACCAAACAGUUCAUGUCUGUCAUGUUCUCUUGA